AUGUGGGAGUACUACUCGGGCAAAGUCAUUUUCAUCACAGGCGCCUCAGGUUUCCUGGGCACUGUCCUGGUAUACCGCAUAUGCUCACAAGCUCCUGUUGAUCAUAUAUACCUACUCUCCAGGGGUGGACUACCUCGUCUGGAAGCUAAAUGGCACGAGCACUUACCUUCCAAAUACAUUGAGUGCCUCUAUGAUGCCAAAUUAGUGACCGUCAUCAAAGGCGACGUGGUCGAGCCUAACCUUGGCAUCGACGAGAAUUGUCUGGAGACGCUGCGAGAACGAGUCAAUAUCGUCAUCCAUGCAGCUUCAUCGAUCUGCCUCAGUGGUUCCUUGGAACAAUUAUCAAAACCGAUCAUCCACGGCAGCGAAAGGAUAGUCAACUACUCCCUACAAUGCCAUCAACUAGAUCGCUUUGUUUACGUCUCAACGGCCUAUGCAAAUGCUUUCCUAUACCAAGAAUCUGCGGAUAUCGACCCUUACGUGGAGGAGAAAAUAUACCCCCUCGCUCAAGGAGAGAAACGAGACGUACAUGCCGAAUGGGGAGAAGUUCAAAAACAGGGCGAGUCCAAGGAAUACAACGCACAUAGUUUCCCCUGGCCCUACGGCUAUGCCAAACACCUCACGGAGCGACUGGUCCUGGACAAAUUCACGGCCACCGGUAAAGCGGAAAAGCUUCUCAUUCUGCGGCCCUCGAUCAUUGCGCCUGCCCAGUCUUUCCCAUAUCGGGGCUUUAGCGUACCAAAAUCCACGCCGACGACCGUUUUAGCUGCUGGUUUAAUUAUAACCCCAACCCUAGUAACGCGCAUGGCAAGCCGGGCUAAAGACCCGGAGAGGCAAGCAACAAUCGACGAGGUUCCCGUGGAUGUUGUAGUGGACCGACUACUGGCUCACCUUGCGAAAGGGACGACCGGUCCUGUCCAUGCAGUUAGUGGCGCGAGAGCGCGGUACCAAUUUCGAGCUUUCUGGAAGGAAGCCAUGGAGCUGCGCAGGCUACCAUGGCCCUUGUGGAAAAGGUGGUUGGAUGUGGAUUGGCGAUCGAGCUCACUGCACCCGAUUGCUCGCAUCUAUGUGUUAUAUGCAGCCUCGUACCACUUUUCCGAAGAGAAAACUCUUUCAUUGUGGAAGAGUUUGGGUGAGGAGGAGAAGACUGGAUUGCAGUGGUUUACCGCGAGCUCUGAGGGCCAGGUUGGUCUGGCUGCGAGGGUUGAGCAGAUACGAUUUGUUGCGCAGCAUUUCGCUUCCAAGAGCCUUCUGGGACGGAUUUUGUUUCGGUUAUUCUAUUCCUCAUAG